AAGGCGAUAAUGGGUUUGAAAAGACUUUGGAUUUUAAGAGAGACAGGAUAUUUUAAAGAGAAUGAACUUUUAAGUAUUUGAACUUUUAAAGACCACGGGACGUUUAAAAUUUGGAAUGUUUAUAAUUUAAUGUUGAUAUUAAUAUGUGAUCUUGAAAAUGAACAAGAAAGGAAAGGUUGUGGCUUAACAGGAAUGUGUUGCUGUGUCAGGUUGACAAAGGGGUCAGUUGUCCUUGCUAAUUCUAUGUCAACUUGACACAAGCUAGAGUCACCUGAGAGAAGGGAACCUUAAUGAAGAAAAUACCUCCAUAAGACUGGGCUGUAAACAACCUGUAAGGCAUUUUCUUCACUAGUGAUUGAUACAGGAGGGCCCAGGCCAUUGUGGGUGAUGCCAUCCUUAGGCUGGUAGUCCUGGGCUCUUUUUGAAAGCCCAAACUGAGCAAACCAUGAGAGCAAGUCUGUAAGCAGCACUCCUCCAUGGCCUCUGCAUCAGCUCCUGCCUCCAAGUUCCUGUCCUGUUUGAGAUCCUGUCCUAACUUCCUUCACUGAUGGACUAAGGUAUGGAAGUUUAAGCCAAAUUAACCUUUUUAUCCACAACUUCCUUUGGUCAUGGUGUUUCAUCAUAGCAAUGGUAAUCUUAAUUAAUACAGGGACUCUAGAAAAGAAACUACUGCCACCACUCUGCUGGUCCAGCAUAACUCCUUACUACAUUCCAACUCUUACCCUUAUACCCACAGAUAAGUGUAGCUACCACUCUUCAUCAAAGAAACUUCUUUCCAGCAAAUAGAGAUCAUCAGAGAACACCACAACUGCACGCUAUGCAAAGAUGAACAGACACUGGAGAGCUCGGUCUCAGUGGCUACAUCUAUAUCAUAACUCCUGCAUUUAGGACUCUGGGAACAUCAUAGAAGAGGGUUUAAAGAGAUCGUAUGAACCAGUUUACCAGGGAGUCUGCUGUGAAAUGGCUAUGUAAAGAAGCCCAGAACAAUGUCAGUAUCAGUGGAUAUGCUAACGUGAAAGGGAGGGAUUAUAUGGGGGAUCCCACCCUUAGAGAGCUACAGUCAACCAAUGACUGCUGGGAGACGGAGAAUCAGCCUGUCCCGGGGAUGAGCCCCCUUACUGAUUACCCAAUACAAUGCAUGGUUUCAGCCCUGAAACUACAUACACUAAAACCCAAAGUGGAUUCAGUAAAUUGUAUUUAUAUAUGUGCUUACAUAUAUAUGUGUGUGUGUGUGUGUGUGUGUGUGUGUGUGUGUGUGUGUGUGUGUGUGUGUAAUGAUCAGAAUCAAAGGAAAGGCUCAUCGAUUUGAGAGUGGGGUGUCACACAGGGGUUGAAAGGUGGGUACAUGGAAGGAACUAGAAGGAGAAAGGGGGAAAGAGAAAUCAUCAUUCUAUUGUCAUUCAAAAGGUACAACUUUUUAAAAUGAGGCCUUUGUGAGUCUGUUUAUUCUGAAUAAAGACUAAUGCUGACUGAGUUUGGAUGAACUACUACUGCCACCAAGUGUUAGGAUUCAAGCACAGAGAUGUAUGUUUUCAAUUGAAAAUGUAGCAUAAAGUACGCCAGCCUAUGUCACUGCAUAGCAGCAAAAAACUGUCCAAAUAACGUGAAUACUAGUGAAGAAAUAAAAUAUAUUUUAUUGGAUUUACUUAAUAUACUUAGUAAACAAAAUAUAAGAUAAACACCAGUGACUCUGUUUCUAAAAAUGCCAUGGCCUUUAUUAUGCCAGACAGACAGACAAAUAGACUGACACACACACACACACACACACACACACACACACACACACACACACACACACAUGCAGCAUACAAGGCAUAUUUUGCUAGGAAAAACUAAAGUGAUUUCUUUACUGGCUUAAUAAAGUGAGGAACUAUGUACAGUGAGUCCAUUACAAGUGACUAACUUUGGUUCCAAGGUCUUGCAGAUGGCCUUUGAGUUAUGACGGUAACUUCUAGGUAACAGACAGAAAGAUGGCAGUGUCCUCAGCCACAGCCACAAAAGAGUGAAUUCUGCCAAUAACAUAAAUGAUUUUGUGGUUGGAUUUUCCCAAAUUGGUUUCUCAGGGGGCAAUCUAACUUAGUCCUUUCCUUUCGGCUUGUGUCAAUCCAUAGUGAAGAGGAGGGCUGUACCAUUCCUGGCAUCCUAAUUAUUAGAAGCUGACAUAUGAACUCAAGCUGCUUUAGGCAACCUUGCCUGUCAUAAUUUGAUUAUACAAAGAGACAACUAAAACAAUAUAUGGACCUCAUAAAUAUAUCUUGUUGUAAGUUCAAAUUCAUUGGUCAGCAUUCAGUGUACAUAAAUGAAGGACAAAUGUCUGUUUUUUAAAAUCCCCAUUAUACUCCUGACUAUAGUGUUUAUUGUACCAGUAAGUCACCUUGAGCUUUGGCUGCAUUCCUCUUCCAGUAUAUAAAAAAGCUUCUACUAUAAUCCCAAGUUUAGAAAAAUCUGCAAACCCAGAGGUGAGAGAUGUGGUUUGGUGGCUAAGAGUACUUGCUCUUCUUCCAGAGGACCAUAGGUUUGAGCCUAGCACCUACGUGAUUUAACUCACCGUAACUUGUAAUUCUAGCUUCAGAUGAGCCAACACUUUGUUCUGACUUCUGUAGGCACCUGCUCAUAUGUAUCAUAUACUCACACAGGCACACGUUUAAAGUAAAAUUAAUAAAGUAAUAUAUUUAGAAAAAGAAAAUUUCUAAAAUCAUGAAUUACAAUAUAUUGCUUUCUUAAGAACAGGGUAAACAUUUAGUAGACAAUACAACUAGUAAAGGUAUGCUAAUACUAUUGGCUAAAAGUCAUAUCAACUGAUCAAAAACUGAGGAGUACAAAUUAUUGGAGAAAUGAUACACAUCUUUUUAAACUAAGAAAAUGGAGAUUUUACUAUAGUAAUGUAUAUAUAUAUUAUAUAUUUUAAAAUAUACACUAUUUUUAUAUAUUUGUAUAUUAUACAUUGCUUAUUUAUUUCAAUAUAUCAAUAUUUACAUAUUGAUCUCACAUUUAAUACCAUACUGAGUCCUUUAAGAAACAGAUCUUGGCUAGCACUGUGCCAUUCUGAGUUAACAGUAACACUAUCUGCCUGGAGCUUAUAAGUAUGCCCCUAGAAGAGGAUCCUUGCAGACUAAAAGAGUCAUCACUGCAUUUUGAGUCAAGUAGGCUGCCUUAAGCAAGCCACUGAACAAAUGAAGCUGAAUGACCUUUGUGGAAUCUACACCCCCAAGGCAACUGGAAUCCUGACUCCAGAAAGCCCAUUCAUGUCUCAAUUUUCAGUUUACACUCGACCUUAGCGGGCUUCAGGGCUUUUGCACAUGUUGCUCCUCUGGCAUUGACUUGGUGUUCCCAGUGGGCAGUGUUCUCUUUCCCACAGUUCUGUUCACCACAGGAACGGGAUAGUAAUAUUGUACCUUUUCUUCUCUGUGGUCAAGCCUGGGAAGCUUCCUUGAUGUUAUUACAAAACAAAAAAAACAAAACAAAACAAAACAAAAAAAAAACGGGCUCAAGGCUUGAGGUGGGGAAGGGAGGGGUGGAGAUGCCUAUUGUUGCUCAGACAUAGAGCCAGGCGUUUUUGCAUAUUCUGUAUGAGAAGUCAACAUGAAAGUCAUGGUUUGUUACUGGAUAUUUAGGGAUACCUGCAUUUUUUUCUCAGUCUUCCUUCCAACCCUAGGGAAUACAUUCUAUAUAUGAGAACCAUGCUCAUAGUAUGAGCAAGGAACCCCAGGCUACCCAAGAGCUCACAAAGAAAGAUAAAUAUGAUUCAUAGUCGUUUUUCUGAGUCAAACACCAUGUCUUGACUGUGUCAUGAAUCAGUCCUGUUCUCAAAAUCAAGUUCAUGUCAUUCUCCACGAUAACGCUUAAUCAACAGAUCCAUCUGUGGAACAUGAGAAUUAAUAAGGUUGCUUUCUCAUAUGUAUUCCAUUACUUAUCACAAGGGGUCUACCAAAGACGAGUUGGUAGUGCAGCGAUGUUAUGAACUCAUCUCUACGGUCAAACAGGUUUGGGUUUGCAGGCUAGCUGUGAAGUCCCUCAGUCUCCACGACCUUGGGCAAAGCCACUUCAGUUCCCGAGUCUAUGAAACUUGCUAACCAUCUCUUGAAGUAGGCAUGGGUCAUUACAUGCUUCGGAUGCACACACUGUAAAUGUUUGUGAUUAUGUUUCAUGUACCAUGAAUCCAACUUCUGAACUUAGACAAGUCGGGGAAGAAACGGGGGCCCGAUUUCCUUUACUGUAGCCACCCACAGAGCUCUAGGCUUCCCCCAUUCCUCUCUGCUGAAGCUGAAGGCCCACAGUCCAACAUUCCCCAUCAGACUUAAAGUAAAAAUUUCAAAUGCCUUCCUCCCCCAAGCGUUGUCAGGGUGCGAGCAUUGCCCACCUUUACCUCUGCCUCAAGUCCUGCGUCACAAGACCCCUUGCGAAUGUUCAUGGAACAUCUAGUUCCGGCAGGAACCCACCCUCCUCACAGAAAGCUCCAAGUCCACCCCAAUUGGCUGUCGUCCUGGGCAACCAAGGACGCGGUGGGCACGCGGGGUGGGGGUGGGGGGGACCAGCGGGUAUUUAAAGGCUGCCCCUGCCCAGGCCCAUUCAGUCCGGCCAGGACGGCGACGGUGAAGCACCUGGGUUGAGAGGGAGGAGCAAGGUAACAGGCGACCCCUGCCUCUCCCAUCCCCAGCCCACGCCUCGGCUGAGGCGGGUGUGUGGGGGACCCGGGGAGUGGCUCUCACAGUUCAUCGCCCACCAACACCUUCCUCCCCCACCAUCCUUACCCUACCCAAACUACCUGGGCGAGCCAACCCAGGUGCGAAAGACAGUGAUUCUGAAGGAAGAGCUAGUAAGUGGAGAAGAAAGAGGGUGAUCCUCCUCGAGAAGAGGGAAGGCGAGCUCACAGGCAGGAGCACGUGGCACUCAGGGACCCCCAACUGAGGAGGCUCUUCUGAUUGACCCAUCAUCGGAUCCCUGAACCAUGACCCAGACGGUCAACGAAAGGGAGGAUCCCCUCAAUCUGGGCGGCGGCGGCUGGGCAUCCUCCAUCCCACUGCGCACCUGGUCCUCCUACCAUCGACGGCAGAGGGGCUCUCAAAUGUCCAAGAGGCGGUACCGCGACGGCCCCAAAGCUGAGUACGAGGCUUCCAGGAAACAACCCAAGCAACAGAACAGCCCUGGCCCUUGGUUCCAACCACCCAGACGGCCCUAUUGGGCCCUGUACUCCAACUGGGGGCGCUGCGGAGGGCCCUGGCGCCCACCCCUGAUGGCAUUCCAGAGCCCUCUGUGCCCAGCGCAGAUGAUCCGGGCCUACGGUCUGCACCCGCUCUGCCUUUGCUGCUGCUCCUGCUGGAGCGGGCCCUGGAACCCCUGUUGGGAGAGACCCCCGGGCAGAAAGAAGCGCUGGGGCCGCAGGGGCCGUGGCCUGCGCCGCCACCCUCGUCGCUCCUUCCCGAGGAACCCACCGAUAGACCUGAGCAAGCUGCUGCGGCCGGUCAACCUUUACGGGUGGCGGGCGCCCGGGAUGCGAGCGCCCCGGAACACCACCCAGUUCAUCAUGAACCAGGUCUACGAAGACAUGAGGCAGCAAGAGAAGCUGGAGCGCCAGCAAGCGGCUUUGAGGGCACAGCAUGCCCAGGCCUCUUCGGGAGGCUCCACUGCCAAGGAGGCGCCCCACAACGGCGUCGAGGAAGACUCGGAGUUGCCGGAAGAUCUGUAUGGCUUCAUGCAGGAUUCCUCUCUAAACUUCAGUCCUGCUCCAGUGCAGCAAAUUCAGUCUCCCACCCCACAGCGGGUAGAGGAGGAAGAGAAAAAUGAUGAUGAUGAUGAUGAUGAUGGUGAUGGUGAUGGUGAUGGUGUUGAUGAUGAUGAUGAGUGUGAUGACGAGGUUUGUGAUGGAAAGGAGAGCGAGGAAGAGGAGGAGGACGAGGAGGAUAGAGCCACAGAGGAUGAAGAUGUGGAUGAGGAGGAAGUCGAAGAGGCUGACAAUGGGGAAGAAGAAGAAGAAGAGGACCAAGAAGUGGAUAUGUUGGAAGAGGAGGGGCUGGAGGAGGGAGAGCAGAGAGAGGAAGACAAAUUCUUGCCUCUGGGAAUGCCUUUGUCAAUCCUAGUAGGGGACGAAGAGGACAGAGAGAACUUUAUAAACUAUGAUUAUUUAAGCCAAGAACAAAUAAUUCCCAAUGUGCCAGAGGCAGAUCUGUUUAUGGUACCGGACAUUAGCCAUUAGCCAUCAGGAAGGGAACUGAGAAACGAAAUGGAACUGAUUUGAGGCUAAUAUGGAUUAACAACUUAUUAAAUAACAAAUUCAAAAGUGAGUCCCAUUAAUAAACAUCAAUGUAAACACCUUCGUUGGCCAUUAUAAAAUAUUUAAACAUUGGUGUGUUUGUGUAUGACUAUGGGUGGGGGAGGGGAAUAUUUCAGAUAUAUUUUAUUGGAAAUGAUUAAAGGCCAAAUAUUUUAUUACUACAGUUUGAAUAUUUUCAUUUGCUGUCUCCCUCUUCAGACAAGUGAGGCUUUGUAGUCCAAAAUUUUUGCAAUAUCGAAAAACAUUUAAAUUUACACAGUAGCUUAAUGAGCUUGCAAUCAACAGAUUUUUGGCUGUCAUGUGCUUAAACAGCAUAAAUGGUGGCCACUGUCUAUCUACCAGUGCUCUUGUUACUGAGGGCACUUAGAACAGGAUUUUUCUACAGCUGUAGAUUUUCCACCUUCAGAGUUCAUUUUUGAGGGCUGUGUUUUGGUAACCCCUUUCCAGUCUGUUGUGGCAUUGCUCAUUUAUAUCCCUUGUUCCACAGUGCUAUGGAUCUUCCUCAGAGGAACAUGAAGUUGCUUCUGUGGAACUGGUUAUCUGCCAUGGCCUCAACAAUCCAUAAUCCAUGCAUGGAGAGGAUUCCCCAUGGUCAGAAGUCAACUUGCACAUCUAGUUAAGAUCCAAGGUAACUGCAAACAAGGGCACAUGGCUUAGGUUUUGAAGCCUUGAUCAUGCAUAUAUUCCUUGUAUACGUUGAGAGGCAAUAGAAACAUAGUUUUGCAGAAUGGAUUAAAGAAAUGAUUGUUGACUUUUGCGGGGGUGGAAUAUCUAAUUUUGUUUCCCAGUUUGUCUCUUUUAAGAAGGAGAGUAAAAAUGAUGUAUAAAUAUGAGCUUGUGUGAAUACUUUUUGACAAUCUGUAAACUACCACCUAUAUGGAGAAUACAUCUUUUCAAAUAGCAGCUUUGGUUCAAAGAGUUUUUUCCCUGGUUGUAUAUGGUCUGCUGACAACAUUUGUCCAGGAUCAGCCAGAUGAAGAAUUUGAAUACAGCUUCUUCAGAAUUCCACCUUGUCAGCGAGGCUUCUUAACUUGAAACACUAGUAUUUGUUGGUUGAUCAGAAAAUUCUCUUGUUGAUCUCUUUCUUGGAUAUUGAUUUUUAACUUGCAGGACUAUAAGGUCUUAAGUAAUAAAAUUAUUAAAAAUAUCCUUAUUUGUAUUCAAAUAUCGGAAGUCUAUGCAGCUGCACUCCAGUGUCUUACAGAAUGAAGAAAAAAAAAACUCUACACCAGUAAAUACGGAACAUUUAAUUGUAAGCUAAGAAAGUAUUACUUUUUGUAUAACUCAGUUUCUAAGUGUCCUAUCAAAGUGGCCAUCAUUUGCCUUCCAAUUACAGUUACUCUCUCUCUAUAUAUAUAUGGAGAAAUCAAAACCCUUUGCCCCUGAUACUGGUCAUUGCCUACGCAUCAAAACUCAAAUGGGCUUUGCUCAAAAUGUUUGUGAAAAAUCACUACAUCAAAUGCACAUAGCUUUCAAGAAAUCUAUUUAGGUUUGAAUGUCUUUACAGUCUUUACACCUGGAAAAUUCGCAAAUUCUUCUUGUAAGAUGUAUUUCUUUUAAGUUUAAAAAUUCUAAAUUUUUAUUAUUUAUAAAUUUUAUCCAUGUAUGCAAUGUAUUAGGAUCAUAUCCACUCCAACUGAAUUUUCUCCCUUGGUUCCCUGACAUAUUAUCAUAACAUCUUCCCAACUUUGUGGCCUCUAAAAAAAUUAAAUUCAGGACAUUAAAUGCCUCCGAGCCUUUUUUACAUAACUACUAGGGAUUGUCUUAGUUUCUGGCCUAUUGCUAUGAAGAGACACCAUGUCCAAGAAAUUCCUAUAAGAUCUUUUGAUUUGGGCUUUCCUACAGUUUCAGAGGCUUAGUUCAUUAUUACCAUGACAGGGAUCAAGGCAGCAUGCAUGGCAGGGCAAGGUGCUAGAGAAGUAGUUGAGAACUGCAUCCUGAUUCACAGGCAGAGAGAGGAGGGGAGGGAGCGGAGAGACAGAGACAGAGAAAGAUGGGGGGGAGGAGAGAGAGAGAGAGAGAAAGAGAGAGCACCUAGGACUGCUAUUAUUUUUGAAACCCCCAAACCCAUCUCUAGUGACACAUUUCCUCCAAAAAGGCCACAUCUGAUCCUUCUAACCCUUGACUUGCUGGUGCUACUUGCUGGUGACAAAGUACUCAAAUCUAUGAGCCCACAGGGGAAUGGAGGCAUUCUUAUUCAAAUACCACAGGGAUAUAAGGGAUUGUUCAGGAGUUUACAUUCUAGUAAUCUAGGGACUGUCGUUCAACAGGUACAGAACUAUUAUUUAUUAUUGUUCACUAAACAAUGUGAAAUAUGACACAAUGAUGAUCAACCAAAACUCUUUCAUCUGAAGAAACAUUAUGAAAGCUCAAAUCCUAAGGAAGCCUUAGAGUGAUGUUGGAUAUUUGCCAUGUAUUUGGGGGUGGGGAGUUUGGAGUCUAAGCUGGCCAGCAGCUGGGAGGAGCCUUGUGACACUGAGGAACUGAGGCCUGACCAAAGGAAUAGAGUCUGGAGGAAGAAGCAGCCAAUAAGAAGCAAAAGAGGUAGGCAGACAUCAUUUCAUCUACUUAAUCCCUGUGCUUAUCUGUAUCUUUUGAAAGAUGUGAGCAAAAUUUAAUGAAAGAAAAACUAGUCACUGAUGACUCCCUACCUAAACUUGUUUUAUAAUCAGCUACUGUGAUGGUCCUGCAGGCUAAUAUGAAACAAUGAAGCCAUGUUGAGAAAUGGAGUGAUUGACAGGACAGUAUACCCAUCAUUGCACAUUUCAUAUACUAGGUCAUGCAAUGAACUGUGUUGAGCUUGCUUAGCAUGAUUGUUGCAUCUACUUCUUGCCAUCCAUUCAGGAACUCCACACAGAUAAUUCAGAUAAUCUAUGGAUGGUUCAGCAAACUAGAGCACCAGUGUGGCUCCAAGUAGACCCAGUGUUUAUGUUUGGA